UACUCAUCUGAGAAAAAGAGAACGAAGUAAUUGUUCCUGUUCUCUUUCUUAAGUCAUUUGAAACACUGUCCCAGCUCCUUCUGUAAGUUCACUGCAAUCUGUACACAAGAGAGAGAGGGAGAGGGAGAGAGAGUGCAUGAGAGCAGAAAGCAGGUAAAGAAAGCGCUUGGUGCUGCAGCUAUUCAGACCUCAGGAGCUGAGGAAGCCACCAACAAUGCAGAACGAGUCACGGAUGACCAAAGAUGAAGAUGUGUGUUUCAGCAUGGGCAUGAAGAGAGCUCCACCUUUCCCCCACUGCCUGCAGUUGGGAGCCCCAAGGAUGAAAUCUCACCAGAGACCACCCUUUACAGAAGAGUUCAGGGGACCCUUUGCCCAGUUUCGGUACGAACCUCCUUCAGGAGACCUAGAUGGAUUUCCAGGAAUCUUAGAAGGGGGUGGGUCUCGGAAGCGGAAGAGCAUGCCCACCAAAAUGCCCUAUAACCACCCUCCGGCUGAUGCCACAACUUCCCACCAACCUGAUAAGGACAAAAGCCACGGCUCUCCUGGCCUCCCUUUGCUCUUCCAGCAGCCCCCACCCCCCAAGUACGAUGCCCAGAUGAUUGACCUCUGUAACAUUGGCUUCCAGUUCUACCGCACCCUAGAACACUUGGGGGCCAAACCCAUCAAGCAAGAGCCCAUCAAACCCAGUGCCAUGUGGUCCCACCCUCCUCCCCCACCAUUCCUACCUACACCUUACCCCUACUACCCCAAAGUCCACCCGGGCCUGGUGUUCCCUUUCUUCAUGCCUCCCCCCAGCUUCCCCUACAGCCGGCAUUCCUUCCAGCCCAAACGUCCAACCCAGCCACCAGUGUCCCAGAAAACCGAGAGGCAGGACAGUGAGGAGAGCAAGCAGAAGGUGGAGCGGGUGGACGUCAAUAUCCAGAUCGAUGACAGCUACUACGUGGACGUGGGCGGAGAGCAGAAGCGCUGGCAGUGCCCCAUGUGUGAGAAGUCCUAUACCUCCAAGUACAACCUAGUCACUCACAUCCUGGGCCACAGCGGGAUCAAGCCCCACGCGUGCACCCGCUGCGGGAAGCUCUUCAAGCAGCUCAGCCACCUGCAUACCCACAUGCUGACCCACCAGGGCACCCGGCCCCACAAGUGCCAGGUCUGCCACAAGGCCUUCACGCAGACCAGCCACCUGAAGAGGCACAUGAUGCAGCACAGUGACGUGAAGCCUUACAAUUGCAGGAUCUGUGGCCGGGGCUUUGCCUACCCCAGUGAGCUCAAGGCCCACGAGUCCAAGCACGAGAGCGGUAGGGAGAAUAUCUGUGUGGAAUGUGGCCUGGAAUUUCCCACACUGGCCCAGCUGAAGAGGCACCUCACCACUCACCGGGGCCCCAUCCAGUACAACUGCACCGAGUGUGACAAGACCUUCCAGUACCCCAGCCAGCUCCAGAACCACAUGAUGAAACACCAGGACAUCCGGCCCUACAUCUGCUCUGAGUGUGGCAUGGAGUUUGUGCAGCCCCAUCACCUCAAGCAGCAUUCCCUCACCCAUAAGGGCGUGAAGGAGCACAAAUGUGGCAUCUGUGGGCGGGAGUUCACCCUGCUGGCCAACAUGAAGAGGCACGUGCUGAUCCACACCAACAUCAGAGCCUACCAGUGUCACCUGUGCUUCAAGAGCUUCGUGCAGAAGCAGACACUCAAGGCCCAUAUGAUUGUGCACUCCGAUGUCAAGCCUUUUAAAUGCAAGCUGUGUGGGAAAGAGUUUAACCGAAUGCAUAAUCUCAUGGGCCAUAUGCAUCUGCACUCAGACAGCAAGCCCUUCAAGUGCCUCUACUGCCCCAGCAAGUUCACCUUGAAAGGGAAUCUGACCCGUCACAUGAAGGUCAAACAUGGAGUCAUGGAGAGAGGAUUUCACUCCCAAGGUUUUGGAAGAGGAAGGAUGGCCCUCUCCCAGACGGUAGGGGUGUUGAGGAGCUUGGAACAAGAAGAACCUUUUGACCUUUCACAGAAACCUCGGGAGAAGGGUACCCCCUUUCACUCUGAUGGCGAGAGUGCCAAGGGCAGCUCUUGCCCAGAAGAGGAGGAGGAAGACACGUGCUAUGAGCCUGAGCAGUACAGCCCUGGUCCAUUCCAGCAGAACAAGCCACUGUACACGCCCCAGGACCUGUCUAGAAAAACUGAGCAAGUGAUGAAAACUCUGCAAGAUUCCUAUGGUGAGGAGAAGGAAGGCACUCUGAACGAAGCCUUGGAAGAGAAAGGGAAAGACAGCGUCAGUGCCAAAGGAGGCCAUGAGAGAGACUUUGCAUGCAAAGAUGAGCUCCGCAGCUUCAGGGCUUUUCAGAGUGGCAGGCUUGAGCCUUCUUUUUCUGAUUAUCUUUACUUUAAGCACAGGAAUGAGAGUUUAAAAGAAUUACUGGAGAGGAAAAUGGAAAAACAAACGAUGAUUUUAGGUAUCUAAAUGGACAGCUUUGAAAUUACCUUUGGAAAAUGAGAACCCAGCUGCUCAGAUGAAGCUUUCAGUAGGAGCUAUAAUUUGCUGGGGACUACCCAUUUGGGCAGCUCCUUAAAGAGGAUUGGACCAAAUCAGUAAGAACAAUUUAAGGCAAAGUUAAUGCCUUGCAGGGGGUCUGUUGGCCCUUUAAUGUCAAUAGCAUAGUUUGGAAUCUUCUCUCCACUGUUAUUACAGUCCCUACUAUAUGUAAUAUUCCCAUGGAUAUUUAAUUGGAAGUGGACUCUCAGCUGAUUACAGGGAUUUUGUUUUCCUCUCUCUAAUACUGCCCAUAUGCGUCACGCUCAUACCUUUUCUUUCUAGUUGCCAAAUAGCAAAGGUUUUUCAGGUAUUAACUUACUAAUGAUGAUUUAGUAACAAAUAGACAUGGUAGAUCUCAAGAAAAUAUUUUUUCCAAAUAGACUAAAAUAUCAUUAAGUGCAUAUAUGACAAUAGCAUUUAAUAAUUUUUUUUUAAAAAAGAAACUUUCCAUACAUACCAGAAAUGGCUUCAGUAGCUCAAGAGUUAGACCUGGGAUUUGCAUGUUCCCAAGAUGUCCCUGGAAGGGUGAGAUGAGAUCUAAAAUAAGACUUUCUAUGCUGUCAAGUGUCUGCAAAGUUGGAUUGAGAAAAAAACAAAAAACAAGAUACUAAGUUCCUAACUAUAGAUACUAAUGUCCUGCCGCAGCUCCUUUUUGUUGGGGAAAGACUGGAGACAAAAAUCUUCAUGCUCUUCUGAUAAUGGGCCAUGUGUUCUAGAUCUCUAGCCAAAUAUGCAAUGUGAACAGCAGGAAAGAGCACCAUCUAUAGGGUCCAACAAUCCUAGGUUUCUAGUCCCAGCCUUGGUCACUUGGUACCUGGGUAACCCUAAAAAAGUCUCUUUCUCUCUCUGGGUCUUACUAUUCUCAUCUGUAAAACUGAGGGGGUUACACUGAAUGAUCUCUAAAGCCCCUUCUAGCAUUCAGAACUGUGAUCAGAGGCUUUUGAGAAAUUUUCCCACCGACAAAAGCAGUGUGUAUAUGUAUGUGUGUUUUGGGGGGAGGGGAUGCAUUUUGCUAAGGGAGAAGCAAUUUAUUCACUCUUCAGUCAUCUCAGGCCUGGAGCUGGGAAAGAUGUCCUCCCUUGAAAUUUAAGCUCUGACUUUUGGAGAUUUUACAGCAGUGACCAGAAGCUUUAACAUAAAUGAAAUAUUAAAGCAUUAUUCACCUGUCUUUGGAACCCUCAUCCUGUAGGACAACACUUGCCCCCUGACUUCUAAAGAGCCAAGUCACUGGCAUGACUUAUUGGGUUGACUUCAUCAAGAAAAUCACAAAUUUCCAACUUAUGUCUCUACUUUGCUUUAAUCAUUGAUAGAAUAUGUACAUGCAUGACACAUCUAUAUAUUGAUAUACAUGUAGAGGUGUGUGCAUUACAUACAUAUCUUUUGUAUAAGAGGAUGCUUGUGGUGUCUGUUUUAUUUAAUUGUUUUGAAAAAAAUACAAGAUCCACCUUAAUGAGGCUGAUGAUUUCUAACUGGACACUAUGCCUGCAAAUUCAGUAGAAGCCUCUAGGCAAAUACGAUGACCUCAAGACACCUUCAUUGGAGUUACCUUUUUAAGUUAAUGCCAAAUACUUGAAAAAUGCAUUUCUUUUUUUGCUGAUCUCCCAAGAGAUUUGCUCAGGGUUCUGUGAUGCCAGGGCAUUUUCUACAUCUAAACAAGUGCCUUCUACAUUCAGAUAUUAAAAUAGGGGUCUAAUAUUCUUCUGUCUUCCACAUCACCAUCUUUGGGAUUCCUGUUGCUCAAUAACUCAUCUCACUGACUAUUCCUAAGUGAAGAGGCAAUGUUUCUAAAACACAGCAAAGAAUGGUAAUUCAUUGAGAUGACACGUCAUUAAGAAAACUCUUCACAAAAAGGAAUAAUCCAAACAAUUCAACUAGAAGCGUGUUCUUCUCAUGAUGGCAACAUGCCUUUGGGUAGGAUUUCCUGUGGCAGAUUUGUAAAAUUCAGUGAACCCAGUUAUCUUCAGCUCAUCACCAUGCCAGGAGCCAGCCAUAGCAUACUGCCAUAAUAUCAUCCCUGUAGGCCGCCUUCCUCCUCUGUCAUUCCAGAGACAAAUUCCAUGGUCAUAGAGAAUAGAAAUCUGGUAGAAGUACAUGUAAUAAACCACUUUUAUGACAAAAGACUAGCCCCUGAAAAGACAAAUUUUCCCAUAAGCCAGGAAGCAGAGCCUGGUUCUAAUUGGUCUAACUAGUCUAGGUCAUAUUUCAUUUCCUCCCCUUCUCUUCCUUUGGGUCACAAGUUUGACCAGGUCAACCAAUUCACUGGUAUUAGUGUCAGAACAAAAAUAUCUUCCCAUGAUUUCCAACCUGCUAGAGAAUGACAGCUACAGAAAUCUGUAAUAUAAGGGCAUUGGCCAUAGGCUAAAUGACUUUGAUGGAAAGAUGUCAUAAAGUUGACCCUUAAGCACAUCCCUAGUGUGUCCCCAUGGCACCAAUUAUCAAGUUGGAUGUAAAAACCUGACAGUGACUGAGCUUAAGUGAGCAUCCAAUUUCCAGGUGAAUGCCCCUCCCUGUGUUUUCAUUUAAAAUGCUUUGGAGUUUGGAAGUAGGACAACAAACUUAGUGGUUCCUUUUAAAAAUAUUACCUUUGAAAAAUCCUUGCCAGAAGUGUGAAUGAUAAAGGCCUAGUAAAUGUUUCCAACCAACACAGUGAUUAGUGGAAGUGAUUAUUGAUGGUUAAACUAAUAUUUAUAUGAACAGAGCAUGGUCUAGAAGUAGCUGUUAAAACUUAGAAAUGGAAAUCAAGUAAAUUGUGGGCUGUGUUCAUUUGGUGUCUGAUCUAAGGCUUCAGUGUGAUGACAAAAGGAUUAAAUGAAUUUAAAAUAAAAAUAAAGUUAGAUUUUGGACCACCACAGGCUGCACAUCAAGUCAUGUCCAUGAUAUAGGUGCCUCAAAGUGUUCCGGAAUAUAAUGCUUUCCCCCUGGCAUUUGGUAUGCCGUGUCUGUGUUGGCCAUCUCACUCCAAUGGGCCACCCAA